GAACCUGAGUUCUCGCCGAACAUGACCAUCAGUUCCGGUGUAUCCGGCGCCUCGUACGCACUCCUCCCCAUCUCUGUGUGUGUGUGUACGUAACGAGGUGAAAAAGGCAGGUUGAUAAGAUAAGUAGAUAAGGUGGGUAAAGCCGUCGGAUUCGUCCCACGGAUUCCCAUCAAACAUAGCUCGUAUCAGGCGGGGUAGGCUUUCGGAUCGGUGAAUAACAUUGGACAGACACAAGGUGUGGUGCGGGCUCUACACACGAUGUUGAGAUAGUCGUUAGCGCAGCAAACAACACACCGACAGAGACGUCCCGUUUCCAUCCCGUUUUGUGUCGGCUGAGAAAACGCAAUCGUGCUAGUGAUUCAGUGCGUGUGGUUAGUUUGCCAGCAAAAACCUAGAAUAUCCCGGUGCACUCGCAUCCGUUUUCCGUCCGACGUCGACGGGAACGGAUGACUACGCACAAACAGCACCAGACGUCUGGGUUGGUGGCAGGGCAACAAUUAUGCAACACAUCCGGUUGCCGGGUCGACGACGCACGACGCACACACACGCAGUAGGCGGACGCUCCGGGGAACAUUUUUCCGGUCUGCCACAAUGGAGGCAUUCAUCAAUGAGAUGGUGGAACCGCGCGUCUUCGAUCUGAUCAUGCUGAUACUGCCGAAAUGGAGGCUGCUGAUGUACAUCUAUCUAAUGCAUGUAAGGCUAAACCCAUCGAAACCCAGAUAGUAAUCUUUACGCCGGUGUACGUGUACGGUGCGCUGGUGAGCAAUGAGCCAGAGCUGGACCUGAUCUGUCCACCGGUCAUGCUGAUUGGCUUCAGCCUGCUGCAUCGGGCCGCGUUUCGCUUUAGCAACGUACGGAACACUCGCACGCUUCUGCUCGGUAUCGUCACCCUCAGCGUCGGAAUCUCAGCGAGCGGUUUGGUCGCCAUGCUGUGUAGUACGCCACACUACCUGCUGAUGGUACUGCUGUACAGUGUCGUUGGAGGGUUCGGCUACCAGCUGGUGUUUUCGCGCCUGUGGAAAAUAUUGGGGAAGAUUUUUAACGCCCGUAAGGAGAUGUUUGUGAUCAAGUUUUUGCACUCGUGCGGGCAGGCCACUAGUCUGCUGGUGUUGCUUGCCUGCUUUCAAGUGCCGUGGGAAGGAUACAUCUACGGUGUGCUGCUCAUACUGCUGACAGGCGUUGUGCUACAUCUCGUACCAUUGACAAUACUGAUUGCGGGCGAAAAAGGUCGUCUGCGCAGUGACCUCGAUGUGCUGGUACAGCUCACCGAGAAAGGGAACGAAUCCUACUAUGCGCACGUUGCGACCAGAGCUGCGCAAGAGCCGAAGUCGGAGCAUCUCACAACCCCACCAGCAGUUCCUGGUACCGUAUCGGACACAAUGGCUCCAACGCUCACGUGGAAGAAUCCAGCCAAUUUCAGCACAAUUUCCCAUCACACCGAGGGCCUUGAGAAUGAGGUAGGCGAGACAAACGCACACCUAUCGCUGCCGCUAGAUUAUGCGUAUCGGGAGUGUGAGGAGUCACUUCUGAACCGACAGGAAGGCAAAUGCUACAAUCAGGACGGUGUGGAAAUUCUCGAGAUGAUACUGGAGGAGGAUGAAACCGGUGCGGAUGCGUACGAUCCAACAGACGCACCAACGAGGGACAGUGCGACAGACAGUGACAGUGACUCGGUAGCAACCGACACCGGUACCGCCGGUAAAUGGCGUUGGUUGAACCAGCUGUGUGCGAUGAUGGUCCGUGCGUCCCGUGCGCUAGAUCUCAACUUGCGGCCCAGCAUUAAUUUACGGCUCGCCACAUCGACGCGCAGUGCGAUCGGUGAUUGGCGGUGUUGCAGUUGCGCCCUACUCAAAGCAACCGACACCAGUAUCUUUGUGCUGUUUCUGUGCAUACUGCCGCGGCUGAACGUGCACUACUACCAGCAGCCGACCCGGGCCCGUCACAUGACCCUGCUGGCGGUGGUCGUUAUAUCGUCGGCCUGGGCCGGUGCUUCCUUUCUGUUGCUGUGCUGCGAGCUACGGUUCCGGAAGCUGCACGAACGGCUGCUCGUGUUCGGGCUGUUCUUCCAGGCGUUCGGCUACUUCUGCGUGUACACCAUUCGGUCGAACUUUUGGACGUUUGCCGGUUGCAUGCUGAUCGGUGUCGGACACUCGAUCGCUUGCGCUUAUCAGGAGACCGUCAUCAAACAGCAACUCGGUCAGCAUCGUUGGACCACCGCCAAAGCCGGUAUCGGACUGCUCGCUGGACUGGCCGUGCUCGUCCUUGGCACCAUCGCUAACGUGUUCUACGUGUACGGACCCAUCGAUCAACUGCUGCUAACGCUGCUGCUCAUCUACAGUGCCGCCGGUGCAUUCUGGAUAGUCUGUAGCUGUCGGAUUUUGUUCAUCUAGCCGACAGCCGCUAUCGUAUAACCACCACCACAAUCAAACCGAUCCUAACACACACAAACACACAGAUUCCACUUCCAAACAUGUGUCUUUCGGCACUUGUUUGUUGUUGCUAUCAAAGCGUCCCCGAACGUAGAGCUAAAACGAAAGGAUAAUUUAAAUAUUGCGUUAUAUAAAAAAACAGAUAACAAAACUAUA